UGCAGUUGUACAAAUUCCUUUCUCGGUCCAGCUGAUACUUUAGAGAAAUAUGAAGGCUCCGGGCAAUGGCCUCCUUUUUUAAUUUGAUUUGAACCCAAGAAACAACUGUCACCCCCAUGCCUCAUCCUGGCUUCGAUGGCGUCUGUUUGCUCUUUGGGGGUUCGCACCCCAUGUGGACUGCCAUAUAUGGUUGCGGAAGGCAUACUCCCAGCUGACCCGGUACCGGAGGACUACCAAUGGCUGACCUAUAAUGAAAAUGGCCAUGAAGAGCUUGGAGAAGAAGAGAUUCUGCAUACGGCGAACUGCGUCGUCUAUUCGCGAGGAGGGUUUGUUCGCAAAGUCUUCAGUUUUGCCGUGGAGCAGCAGGAGAUUCGCCAGGUCUUGCUUACUUGGUUCCCUGUGGAAUUGAACGUUACGCAGAAUACCCUGGAAAGAUGUCCUUCCGUCCAGGAAAUGAAAGAGGAUGUCCCUUCGCAUUCGGCCCCAGAAUCUCUCCUCCAGUCUCGACCUGCGAACCAGACUUCCCAAAUCGACAGUCCUCGAACGCAAGUCUCGUCUCGAUCUCGAGCAUUAGUGGUACUUCUCAAGCUACAGGCACACGUCUUCUACCUUUCUGGUCCAAGCCAUGUUAUCAACUUGCCAUUCGAGGUGGACAAGGCGUUUCCUGCACUGAGGGGCCUAAUUCUUCAGCGAAGACUCCCAAGGUCUACCGAAGCGGCUACUCCACGGGUUCCCAUCGUGCCUCCUAAUUCUUUCUUGUCAUCCUUCUCUCUCACACAACCACAUUCGAGCCCAAGCUUCAGUGACAAUCUGCCCCUAGGAUCCGCAGCGGCACUCUUGAGCAAAUUAUCGAAGUCGUCCAGACAACCUACCACCGACGAUCUUCCACGGCAUUUCACAUUGACAGAUCCUCUCACAGAAGUCGGUUUGAUUGUCUCAUCCCCUCAUGAUCCCCCCGCGUAUGGCUUGGCAUCUUCUCUCUCCUCGACCCGCAGCAAUGCGUUACAGUUCGAGACUUUGGAGAAGUCGGAGAGCAUCCUGUACGUCUCGCAAGAAGAUGACCUGGGCGACAUGAGCCUAGCAGGAUCUACUCCGGUGACCUUGGUUGUCACUGCGAAUUAUGAGCGCCGAUCGUUCACGAUCUGGUUUGGUAGUUAUGUCGAACCCCAAACCACCUCCAAAUUGAACUCGAAAGACUCCCCAUUAGCUUCGGGAAGUAAAUCUCGGCGCCGAAGUUCCCUUGCAACCACGCCAGGCACCGUAACGCCCUCGAUGAGGUCACGGGACGGGCGAGAAAGCUUUGGGGCCACGGCGAGGUAUAAAGGUGCGGCAGCGUCGUUUCAGCAAUCGAUGAAACAAUUCAAGAAUCAGAAGAACCAGAAGGGUAAGCAAAAUGAGGAAGAGAUUUUGGCUUCGCAAUUGGAUCCGGAUUUCAACCCGGGCCAGCAACCGGUCAGACAGUCUCGCCGAGUGAGUUCACUCCUUUCGAGAACAGAUCUCUCCACCAGUUUCGACCGAUCGGCUUUCCAAGACAUGGCCACAGGACACAGUACCAGCGUCUCAGGCGCCCCUACCACCGGACGGAGAGGACACUCUUUCGGAAACCAUCCGGAACGAACCAGUUUCGGUGGCACCGCUCGCUUACGUGCGCGAGCCUCGACCCCGGGCAGCUUUUCACGGCUCAGCAUCGGCCCUUCUAAUGAAGAAAUGUCCGCCGAGACUAACAUAUUUGACGAUAAUGACUUUGAUGAACCGAAUGAGGAAACCAAUGAUCUUAGAAGGAGCGAUUUUGAUGUCCUCGGAUCGCAAAGCCCGCUGGAUGGACUGCUCAAAGAGUUUGUAAUGAACAAGUGCAAAGAAGUUGCCAUGGAUGCUCCUGGGGAGUUUUCGUCCUGGACGAGUUCUGAUAUUGAGAAGUUGGAGCCAAAGGUGUUCACUGAGCUCACUUCUCGACCCUCAAGCGGUUCUUCACAUUGGUCUUCAAAGGUCCUCGUGCACGUUGUGUACAAAGCCCGAGAAGCGCAGCACAUCGAGGUCACAAUUGCUCUUUCCAGUUAUGAAGCAUUGCCCUCAUCAUCACAAGGCGCUGGGGCAAGCUACCCGCAUUCGCUCCGGUUCAAAGCUACCGAUUUGCGGUACUUCAAAGAAGGCAUCGAUGGCUCUCAGUUUCGUGAUGGGAACCUUAUUCAAGCAAUGUCCUUGCUACAUGGGGAGAGUGGUCAACAGUGUCUAUCUCUGAGGUCACUCUGGACUCCCCUGCCGCCCCUCAAGUUCCCUAUUGGCAAAAUGCGCAUUCACAGUCCAUACUCGAUUGCCGACAACCCUCUUUCUUCCCCACGGAAGGAAGGUCAGCGGAGAUAUUUUGAUUCGGUCGGGCCUAUAGUUAAAUUUGGCCAGCGCUCAGGGAACGGUAACAUUGAUUUGAUCGAUUCCUCCGGCAGGUGCCACCGAGUUCAGAUCCGACUGCGUCUUCAAAGUGCAUUCGUCUCCCGUUGCGUCGAAGUCUGCGAAUACGUCCUUCCAAAACAUGCUUUUGAGUCGUUUCUUCAGAUUAUAUGGCAUCAGACUUUACUGUCCGCGGUACAUCACAGCGAAUGGUCUCGCUUCCUCACCGCGCUCUUCGCAAUUGUCUUAGUCUCCGAUGACAGGCGAGGUGGGAUUCUCUCCCGACCUAGUGGCUCGAGAUCCUCAGCUCGACAGGAUCUAUCUAAAGCACUGACAGACAACUGGGAAUCGAUGAUUCGGGCCGAAGGAGGGGCUGGACAACACGUCCGUCACACGAAUCCCUCUUGGAGCUGGAGCGACGACGUUUCCAGAACGACCACAAGUCUCCCCAAGGUCCAUAAGAAAGGUUCGCAUUCGGCUCCGGACCUUUCGAUCGUUUCAUGCAUUCAAGCCGCACGACAAUUCUGGAAAUCAGAGUAUGGACAUUCUGUUGUCAAGUCUCUGAAAGUACAUAAACUUGCCAUUUCCACCGUUGAUGUCUCUCGCAUUCUGGUGGCGCUCCAUCUAUUCCGUGAAGAGACUAAACUGGAUAUAAUCACGGAACAUAAUGAGGCAGUCGUCUUCGACCUUGCGCCUGCUCUUGCUCAACUUGGGCAGUGGCUUGGGUGGGAUCUGUGGAAUGGAUCAAGAAACGGGUUUUAUGACCUUGACAGCGCUCGAGUUGGACAAUGUGCCAUCGAAAUGACUUCGUUCCAGACCCGAAUCGAUCCUCACCAUUCCCUACAGCAUCCGCCUUCAAUUUUUCAAUGGCUUCAACAACCAAACGGAGAUCGACGGCCUUUCUUAACUCUGGACUCGGCGAUCAAACUUGAGAGGUCGAAUAGGUUUCCGUUAACUUACUCCAAAUCUUACACAGAUAGGUUUCUCUCUCGUGUGACACCCAGAACAAUCACCUUGAGGGACUACUUUGACAAGAGCCACCAAGAUUCCUCGUCCGCAGAUCGGGUCACCUCGAUGGUCGCGUGUGGUAUAACCGCCCGCAUGAUGGAAUCUUUCCCCGAAUCUGUACGCGCUUUCCUGCAAGAAGCGGUUGUCAAAUGCCGGGCCGAUCCGCCUACCACGUGGAACAGCACACUUCUAAACUUCGUGGGUCGUGAGGAUCUUAUUCACUUGCUCAACAGAGAUACGGACUACGAGAGCCCUCCUCAACCGAGUGGCGGCCUCUCGAUCCGUGAGUUUCCGAGUCGAGAUUUACGCAGUGUUUGUCAGGGCGCGGAUGCACAAGAAAUCAUGCAUUCAAAUCCGGAGACAGACAAGUAUACAGUCUCUCGAUUGAUUUUCAACGAAGAUCGACGCCUUGCGGAGGCAGCCAAAUUGCUGGAGCCGCUUCGCGUACCAGUUGCUGAAUGCCAUCCUGAGCCGGCAUGGACCGAGUCCGAGAUUUUAGAUGCUCAGAAGGGGGUCGUCCAAUGGGUCAUGGUUCGAACAUUUUCAUUGUCCCCUGGACAGGCCAUGGUUGGGUUCGAUAGCAAAUCGCCGCUAUUGACCGAGAAGUUCAAUAUUCAUGGUUAUAACACGUCGUGCAUCAUGAGACCAAUGAACAACACGGUGAAUGCGGACCGAGCGCUGUUCACGGAGGAGAAAUACGGAUGGGCUUGGUUUCAUUCUGGCGUCUCGGCUGGCCUGAGCAUUUCAAAGAAAGCAGAAGGGAUUGACACCUCCUGGAUCGUCUUUAAUAAGCCAGCCGAUUUGAACAAUCGCCACGCGGGGCUUCUUCUCGGUUUGGGCCUAAAUGGACAUCUCAAGUCCAUUGCGAAAUGGCUGUCGUUCAAAUACUUGACCCCGAAGCAUACGAUGACCUCAAUCGGGCUACUACUUGGCUUGUCUGCUUCCUAUAUUGGGACCAUGGAUUCACUAAUCACCCGUCUCCUAUCGGUUCAUAUCACGCGGAUGCUCCCCCUCGGCGCUGCCGAGCUCAACCUUUCGCAUCACACUCAGACAGCAGGCCUCAUGGGCAUCGGCCUAUUGUACUACCAAACACAACACCGUCGAAUGAGCGAGGUGAUGUUGUCUGAAAUCGAGCGGAUUGAUCAAGAAGAAGGACCGGGCUCACCGGAUGACCUUCACGACGAAAGCUACCGACUUGCCGCUGGUUUUGCAUUGGGCUUCAUCAAUCUUGGUAAAGGACGGGAUCUUCGGGGUCUCCAUGACAUGCGCGUCAUUGAACGCCUGUUGUCUGUUGCCGUCGGUCCUCGACCAAUCGAUCUGGUACAUGUACUGGACCGAGCUACCGCUGCAGCCACCAUCGCAAUUGCUCUCAUAUACAUGAAAACUCACAACGAGCCGAUCGCCCACAAAAUCGACAUCCCUGAUACGAUUCCCCAGUUCGAUUAUAUUCGCCCUGACAUCCUUUUGCUUCGGACUGUGGCGAAGCAGCUCAUCAUGUGGAAUAACAUCCGAGCGGACGUUCGAUGGAUCAAAGCGAACCUUCCUAAGGAGCAUGCGAAUGACAUUCUGCUCGAGUUCAGAGCUCUCAAGAGCCAGCAGAUCCCAUUCUACAACAUUAUGGCCGGACUGCUAUGGUCGAUUAGCCUUCGAUUCGCCGGCAGUGGGGACAGCAGCGUGCGUGAUUUUCUCCUGGCGUACCUUGACCAAUUCAUACGCCUAUGCCAGCUCCCUGCUCCACACUAUGAUGCCAAGCUUGCAAGAACCACGGUGCGCACUUGUCAAGACCUACUCGCCGUAUCGUGCGCCACCGUGAUGGCAGGGACAGGCGAUCUUCAUGUGUUCCGAAGGCUACGUUUGCUCCAUGGGCGAGUCAGCCCCGACGUUCCAUAUGGUUCGCACCUCGCUAUCCAUAUGGCCUUGGGACUUUUGUUCGUGGGUCGCGGCACGUACACGAUCUCCACCUCCCCAUUGUCCAUUGCAUCUCUCAUCUGCGCAUUCUAUCCCAUAUUCCCGUCGGAUGUUACAGACAACAAGGCGCACCUCCAAGCCUUCCGUCACUUGUGGGUUCUGGCAGCUGCUCCCAGAUGCCUUGUUGUCCGGGAUAUUGAGACAAGAAAAGCGAUCCCAGUGGGAAUCCGAGUCACUUUGUUAACUGGAGAAGAGCUAUCAAUUUCCUCGCCAUGUCUUCUUCCUGAUGUCGACUCGAUGUCUUCUGUCCGAACGGAUAGCACGGACUUCUGGCCGAUCACCCUUGACUUUGCCAACAAUCUCCGGCUUCGUUCGGCGUUCCGCAUUACACAGACGAUCUAUGUUAGAAGGCGGCCAGUGGGCGCUGCCCAAGAAUCCACCUUCGCCGGGGCCUUGGCUGCGCUCACUGACUUACAGAGUUCUCGCACAGUCAGGGCAAUGUGGGACUGGAUUUUCGAGCUUCCUAGCCUUGUGGCGCUUUGUCCCGGGUCUAGAACACUGGCCGCUUCAUUAGUAUUGCCACGGGAUGUGGGUGGCAUAGGCGAUUUAGCCACCAGGGGAAACGUCCUGGAUCAUGUCAUGGUCCUAAAAAGGAUGACUGAAAGCUCAGUCGCUCGAGAAUUGUGGGAUAUUCGAGGCGUUUUGAAAUGGGCAGAAAUGGUGCUCGCAGAUCAACAAUCUGGGGGUCGGCUUGCAUGGUUAGGAAAGGAAGUUAUCGAGGAGAUUCGAGCUCGCGUCUGGCUACGAGGCAUGGCGCUUGGUGGAAUUCGAGCUUGACCAUAGCCGCGCUCCGAACCAG